AAGGAUAUUUCUUUAAAAUAGUGUCUUGUUCUGAGGACUUAUUUGCUGUAAAAGCAGCUAAGCACAGGUUAUGUCCUUUGAACGUGAACUCUCGUGACAAGAGGUGUGUCACAGCUCAGAGUGGAAAAAUCAAAGCUACAAAUGGAACACACAUCCUCAUUCUUGCUGUUUACACUGAGGUUUUAAGUGUGUGGUGUCAUGUCAGAUAUUCUAAGUGAUACACAGUAGAUAUCGAGUAUAAGAAAGAGUAAGUCAUGUGCGUGAGUGAGAGUAAGUGUGUGUGUGUGUGUGUGUAUCACUUCAGCUCGUGAGUGACUCUUUCCAGCAGCCCCAGCAAUUUCCAGUGACAAAAGCGCUCCCCCUCUUUUUGCCUCUAUCUCUUCAUCUGUUUAUCCUUUCAUCUCGUUCGUCAGUGUGGCCGUCCCACUCUCGAACCCUUCGGCCCCCUCUUUCUCCUCUUUUAACCCAACGCUGCCCACCGGUUUUUCACUUGUUUACUUCCUCCUUCACUUCUUCGCGCGCCGUUUUGUUCUGCGCUGGCCUACUUGUCGCCUCAUGCUUCUGUGACGCUUUUCCUCCGUGUCCUGAGUGCCAUCUUUGAGAAGAGCCUACAUUGAAAGAGUCGCAUAACGUGAACACAGAAAUUCACUUUAUAGAUAUUAGUUUCGUGUCUACAACAGAAGUGUGUGCACUUCGACACAGGAAGUGGGCAGCCAGGGGGAGGAGGUGUGGGAGGGCACAGUGGAGAGAGGAGGUGAAGGAGAGAGGGAGGGAGGAGAGAUAGAGGGAGGAGUGGGGAGCAAUUUCCUCACCCCCUUACGUUAUCGGCUUGUUGCUCUUUAUUGGCCACGCGCUGACAGGGGCCGAGAGAGACUGACAGAGCUGUGUGUGAAUGUGUAAAAAGGAAGAGAGAAGGACAAAUCGAGAAAGAGAGGGAGAGAGAGUUGAAACAAGCGCACACAUAAGUAUCACUAUGACAAAGACGGCUCCUAUAGCAGCGAUGGAUUACUCCCAUUUGUGGUUGCCAGAUAUCAGAAUGUCAAAGCCAAUAGAGGUCGAAAACCCAGCGGCGGACUCUCCGAUGGAGAAUACAGGGGAUUCAGAGAGGAACGGUUCAGACUCCAAUAAUCAGAUUCCGUCAAUGAAAAUCAGCCCCUUCUCACUCUCUCCAACACUAAGUGCCAGCAACAAGGCCAAGUUGGAGGAGUGUGGAGAGAUGUCUCCAGCUUCAGUUCAGGCCACGCCCACUCAAACACCCCUCUCACACACACAGCUGAUGCUGACAGGAAGCCAGCUGGCAGGACUGACUGCUCUCUUGCCCGCGCAGCAGCAGUUGCUCCUCCAGCAAGCGCAGCUCCUGGCCGCAGCCGUGCAGCAGUCGCAGGCAGCUCACGCUGCCAAUCAGCAGCAAACGCAACAGCAGCAGCAACAGCAGCAGGCCAAUCAGCAGGCGGCUCUGCCCCAGCUGCAUGGCCAAUCAAAGGGUGCUCAGGAGCAAACUGCUCCUGUCCUACCCCCUCCUCACCAGCUUACCCUAUCUCAACCAAUCCAGCUCACUGCCCAGGACAUCCAGCAAUUGUUGCAGCUGCAGCAGUUGGUCCUCGUCCCAGGGCAUCCUUUGUCCUCGCCCGCACAGUUCCUUUUGCCACAGGCACAGCAAGGGCAGCAAGGGCUGCUACAGACACCAAAUUUGAUUCCACUACCUCAGCAAAACCAGGGGGGUCUUCUCAGUGCUCCUCCUGCACUUGGUCUUCAAGCACAGCAGAGAGAAAAGGUCAUGGAGAGCAGUGUCAGUACGGUGACCCCCGUGACCUCUCAUGCCGAGGAGCCAAGUGACCUGGAAGAGCUCGAACAGUUUGCCCGCACCUUUAAACAGAGAAGAAUCAAACUUGGAUUCACACAGGGUGAUGUGGGACUGGCUAUGGGCAAACUGUAUGGUAAUGACUUCAGUCAGACCACCAUCUCCCGCUUUGAAGCCCUCAAUCUCAGCUUUAAGAACAUGUGCAAACUCAAACCUCUCCUGGAGAAAUGGCUCACUGAUGCCGAGACCAUGUCGAUGGACAGUACCUUGCCAAGUCCCAGCUCUCUGUCCUCACCAUCUCUGGGCUUUGAGGGCCUGCCCGCCCGCCGCCGCAAGAAACGCACCAGCAUCGAGACCAACGUGCGCGUGGCUUUGGAGCGCAGCUUCAGCACGAACCAGAAGCCUACCUCAGAGGAGAUUCUACUCAUCGCUGAGCAGCUCAACAUGGAGAAGGAGGUGAUCCGCGUCUGGUUCUGCAACCGUCGACAGAAAGAGAAACGUAUUAACCCCUCCAGCGCCACCCCUCCCCUGCCCAGCCAACCCCAGCCUGCCUCACACAAACCCCCCUGCUACAGCCCGCACAUGAUGCAAGGUCAGGGACCGUCCCAACCCGUUACCAGUCUCAGCACAGCAGCAACAACAAUGCCCUCGGUCUGUCCUUUGACCCCCACUGGUCCUUCCUCAAGCUCCACCCCUUCACCUGUGACUCCGUCUCCUCGCAGUGACGCCAGCCCUGUUCCGGCCACUCACACAUUAAAUCUGAACACAGGUUCGUGGCGUCACAAGAACGGUGACGUGUCUAACUACAUCACCGAUUUUGCUGCAAAUCUGAGCUCUGGUAGCCAGUGGUGGUCAAACCACCAUUUCCAGUCUUGAAGGUGGCAGCAAGGUGCUGAUUGGUGGUUCUGGAGGACAAAGGUCAGGACUCCCUUCUUCCCUCUUCCUUAACCACCCUUCUCUGUUGCCCAUGGCAGCGGGCACAGCUCUGGGAUUGGGCAACUCGCUCGUUUCCAAAUCCGGCAGGCCUCUAUUCCCGGACGGCAUGAGUCCCUCCCCCUGCUCGAGCCCUGACUCUUCCUGCUCUUCCAGCGACUUGCUACACAGCCCACACGAUCUGGGGAGUGGCCAAGAUUGAGUGACACUUCAAGGAAACCAAUCACAGGACCAGGAGGAGGAACUGAAACCUCCCAUCACAACCAAAGCAUCUCUGUCUCUCUUUCCUCCUUCGUCUUUUGUCUUUCACUCUUUCUCUCUUGCUCUCUCCCGCUCUCCUGAUGCCAAAAAUACACAAAGUGGAAGAGGGGAGAGAUGAAGAGACAGAGGUGAAGACGAGACGACGUGAAGAGGAGAGAUUUACAUGUAAACCAAAAAUUCAUCUGGAGGUUUAGUGGCACGUGGUCGACUGAGCGCAGCCACUUCUCCACCGUUGUUUUUUUUUUUUCUUUCCGCUCUCUCUUUCUCUCUCUCUCUCUCUCUGUUGUUCUGGAGAGUGUAAAGAAAUAAAAGAAGGGACAAUAGACAUUGGUUUAAGAACUGCAGGAACCAGAGGAAAGAGCUGAUUAAUGAUCGUUGAGCCAAAAAUAGCAAAACUAAAAACUUUUAUUUGUUGCAGAACAGCAGUCGGACUUCAGCUCUGACCAGUCUGGAGAACUUUAAACCAAAAAAAAAAAAAAAAAAAAAAAACCAUAGAGGUGAACUUUAAAAGACUCACAGUGACAAAAAGACAACCAUACCAAAAACCCAUAUACCAAAAAAUAACCAAAACCAAAAAUACGGAAGGAAAAGCUUUAUCCCGUGGACCUGUAAAUAGUCCAGUGUCCAGCACCAGACCCACACCAACGAUCCAGCAACCUCCCGCGCCAUCAUUUCAUCCGACAUUCUCUCAUUUUAUCUGUUAAUAUGUCAGUAUUUUUUUUUUUCUUAACUCGUCAUUGUUUUUUUUAACUAGUGAAGAGGUGAAUCUCCAAGUAUUAGCUGUGUAUUGCUGUGCAACAGUGAAUGAGCAAAGCUCAGAAGUGUCCAUGUUUUUUUGACUAGAAGUCUAGGUAUGUACAAAUCUCUCCCGCUUUCUACCUCUUUAUCAGGUUUUCUUCUGUCUAGCUUUAGUUCCCAUUACUGUUCGGAAAUAUCCGUAUUUAAGUAGGCGUUUGUUUUGUUGUUUAACCAUCAUCACUGUCACGUCAUCAUUUCAGCCUCAUGACUAAUCACACAUGUUAACCACCCAGGGGUGUGUCUGAGAAUGUCAUGCCAUGAAAAUCGGAUGUAUUUAAUACAAGGUCAGCUGGUGUUUCUGCAUGUUUGACGUCUCUGUGUCUCACACGUUCAUGUUCAUUCUGUCUUAUCUCCAUUAAAAACACCUUGAAUCCAUGAUCCAUCAUUUUUCACGUCCUUCAUACUUACUCCUCGUUGGAUACCAAAGUGACUCCUCAUGGGUCUCUCACUGCGAUGCAGACGGAGAACGGAAACCCCCUUCCCUCAGAUGCGCUCCCACCUCCCAUACACACACGCGCACACACACACA